GUUUGGGUUGGAUACAGCAUUUGACAGCUCUGUUUAUCACUAAAAACCCUUCAAAAAUGCUAAAAAGAAACCAUCUAUGCUGAAACCCAAAGUGUACAUAGCUAAAUUAAACAAAAAUCUAUUGAUAUUUCAUCAUCAUUCCCAGCAGUGAAAAGACAAAUGAAAGAUGUCCGGGUUUAAUAUCACAACGACUAAGAAAGAGGAUGUUUCCCUUAAACUCAAGUCCCAGAAUCUGCGCAACUCCAAGGAGCAGACCAAACGCCUGGAGCAGGAGAGCAAGAGGAUGGAGCUGCGACUAAACGAGCUCAAGAUUGCCAUGAGCAAGGAGAAGGAGGAGAGAGAGGCCCAAGGCGGAGAUGGCUCACGCUGGAAAUCGGGCAAAACCGAGGGUACCCUCACGACUCAUGCUCAAGAUGUUCUCAAUAAAAAUUUACGUCGGAUUGAGAAGUCGAAAUCCAAGAGUUUGAAGCCGAGAAAGAUUACAGUGCUGAAAGAUGAAAAAAUAGUGGCACCGCCAAAAAAUGCGCCUCAACCUGGCACCAUGGCGUAUCUGGCCAACUGUGACCCUUACUCAGCCCCUAAGGAAUCUGCCCGAUUGAAGGGACCAAAGUGUGGUCAGUGUGAAAGGAAGGUGGCUGCUGUGAACUGCCAAGAGUGUGGAGAAGACUAUUGUGCUGGUUGUUUCGCCUCAUUCCAUCUUAAAGGUGCACUAAGGAAGCAUCGCUCUAUGCCGAUACAGGCAAACGGCCCUCGUCCAUCUCCACGGGUAUCGUACGAACCUCGUCCCCCACUGCAGCAGGUACAGAACGAGAUUGUCACGCCGCAGCAGCGGGCGAUGAAGGAGUUUGAGAGAAGGCAAACAACACCUCGUCCAGCAAAGACAGUCGUGCAUCAGCAAACUCACCAAGAGAAUGGUGGGUCCGCAUCGUCAGAGGAACGUUCCCACUUCACCGGUCCCUCUCUCCUUGACGGAACAUAUAACGAAGAGGACAGUGCUGCCUCCUUUCAGGCUGCUCUGAAUCAGUGGCGCGGCGAGGACACCAGCCAGGCAAGCGCCCCGACAGCUAGCAGUGCUCAAACAGCUGUUACAGUUAGACCAUAUUCUCCUGUUCGAACACCGACUGUUAACGUUGACUAUGGAACAAGCACAAACCCUGUCAGAGAUCCGACCCCGGAUAUUGUGUUUCACAGCACUAUGACCUACUCGGAGAAACUCCUGCUGAAGAAACACCGUCGAUGUGAGAUUGACGCGCUGCAGACGCCCAGGGUUGACUCCUACGGCCAGCCGACAAGCGGUGGUCAAGAUUAUGCUCUAUCACUACCAGAGGAUGAAGAGAGGGUGGACUUCCGUGCCUUAUACGAGGCGGCUGUGACCCCGAGAUCUGACAGCCAAACGAGGACACCAACUAACAUCGUGGAGGUGACAGAAGUUGAGCCCAAUUCGAAUACGAGAGGCAUAGAGCAAGUUAGUCAGUAUGAGGUGUUGGAGGAAUCGGAUCCAGAGGUUGAAGCCAUAUUACUCAGGAAUAAGAAGAAUGAGAAAAAUUCCAAAAGUAAGUCGGCUAGUAAAUCUGGACGAAGAACUCCCGCGGACAAGUCGAAGCUACCGCCAUCUGGUGGUGGUAAGGGGAAGCUCGAGAGAGAAAAUACGGGAAAUAGAACGUCAUCAAAUUUUGAGCGGGAAAACACGGGAACGAAAUCAUCGGUGAGAUUAGAAAGGGAGAAGACGGGAAAUAAAGAUAAAAUAGAUCGUCCAAGUAGUCGAGUCAAGCGAGAAAAAAGCGAUACGUAUAUCAAAGAUGCCAGGAUUGCUCAACAACGUGGCAGCGUUGAAAAACUCGAGGCUGAAAAAACGGACAUUUCACUAAAAGAUUCCGGACGCCCUCCGGUAGUUAAAAAGGCAUCAGCUGAGAAUGGGAAGUUAGUUAAUGGCCGUCCGCCAUCGAGAGCUAAAUCAAAAUCUGGGACGUCUGUGCAAUCGAGACCGCAGUCGAGGACCAAAUCACGCGCUCAGUCGCGUUCAGGAUCAAGAGCAAGGCCGUGGUCCCGAGCAGAUAUUCCUGAAGGUAACCUUACCAAGCGACCUUCUGAGGGUCUCAAGGCCAUAGCAUCCAGGACCUCGGAGCAGGUGUCACCAUCGCCCUAUAUGGGACUGCAGGAUGUACUGACAAUCGGUGUGUCGAGGGAAGCUGCACCCCAGGUUGAUCGAGUUAUGACGCCAUCGUUUGACCGUCCUGGGAGUCGUGCCAAGUCAGCUAAGAAAGGGCCUACUGUCAGUUAUAAAUUUUAUCAAAUGUCGCCGCGGUCGUGGAAACCUCAAGUCAGUCUGGGUGAUCAAGUCGACAUUCAGCCCUCUGAUCUCCAGGACUACGACCACGCAUUUGCCAUGGCCGAGAAUGAGGCGCCACCUAUGUUUGAAGAUGAAGAAUUAGAGCAGGAAAUCAAAGCGUUAGCGGGGAUCACUGGGCCGUCUCCUGAUGUUAUAAGGGAACGUUCGGUUGUCGAUCAAAGGCUUGAAGAAGACCUGCCUCCGGUCCCUGCCAGUCCAGAAGUGCCAUUACCCUCGCCAGUCCAGACUCCAGUACCUACGGCGUCUCCCUCGAUGACUCCAAGGCCUCCACAGUCCCCAUCUAACACGCCCAGGAGACGAUCCGUGCGCUCAGUCACGCCAAGGAAGCAGGUCACACCGGUUGCCACUCCGACUCCAAGGACACCUGUUGAGGCACCUAGGCCUACGUCGUCCAUGAGUGAACUUGGCCGAGAGUCGAGAAUGAUAGUGGUUGAUGGUGAUGAUAUGACAGAGUUCGAUGACCAGGACGAUGACCACGAACACCAGUGUGAGGAGGAUGCCGAGACCUUGGAUAAACUCGAGUGGGAAUUGGCCUCGGAAACUGGACGAAUUACAGCUGACGGUAAGAUAUCACGCAUGACCCUAAUGAACUCGAGCGAUGAUGAACUGGCUCGAAGUGACAGCUUCGCCAGCUCUAACCUGGAAGAUGGUAUCAGGACACCAAGGACUGGCUAUGAGAUGGAUCCACGGGUCAGUGAAGAGGAAUUAAAUUUUGAUUACGAGGACAUUGAGCAACAGGUUGCAGACGAAGAUGAGGUCAGAGCGCUGCGGUGAGGAUUUGCUGAUGUUUGGUUGGCUGUCGAUGAUGUCAUAAUGGAGAUGAUCAAUUCAUGUGCUGUCAAAAUGAACAUUAGUUUACUUGUUUUGGUGGGGUCAAAAGGGUAUUCUUAUCAGCUUGUUGGAUACUGAGGCAAUCACAGAUAGACUCUAUGUGAGUUUCAAGUAUUGAUUCUAUAAAGGCCCUCUAUAAUCGACAAUAUCAUAAAGCCCUCACAGCUUUAAAUGCAAUUUGUGUUAUUGCAACGUUGCGAGGGCUGGGUGGUACAUGUAUGUGAAUAUUGCCCAAGUGUUUGUUGUCUGUAGAUAGUUAUUAAAAUGAAGUGCAGCGAGACAAAAUAGAAAUUUGUCUCCUCUUUAGAUAUUUCACUCCAAAUAUCAAGAGUACCAGUAUCAAAAAUCUAUAUUUCACUCAAAUAUCUAGAGUAUCAAAUAUUGGUAUUUCACUCUAAAUAUCACUUAUAUUGAAAUAAAGGUUCUGGGCAGUCCCAAUUUUAUGAACAUUCCGUUAUAAAUAUUUGUAUAAUAUAUCGCGAUUAUAAAUGUAUUUAUAAUUUUAUAAAUAAUUUAGCCACAAUUUGUGCCGUCCUGUAGUUUUCCUUUUGAUCCUUGAAGAGUUUUAUUAGUGAAUCAGUUGGUCCAUCCAUGUGGCUUGUAGGUGGGGGAAAUUGGUAAUGUAGCUAAAUGUUGGUUCCUGGGCUCUUGCAGUGACCCCUUCAGUUACCCUUGUUUACAAUACUGUAGUCAAAUAUAUUGAUGUAUUUCUUCCGUCCAAUGUAUCUCUUCCGUCUUGAGUUUGGGUGAUAUUAUUGUAUAGCUGGCACUUUCGGGUUCUACACGUAUUUGAGUAUACUGUAAAGUCCGUCCUUAUUAAAUA